AUGCCCGAGCUCAAAAGCUUUCUCAAAGACGGCGAAGCAGAAUGGUAUGUGGGGGUUAAUGUGACCUACGUUACGGGUCGUCGAGCGGUCAUGCACAUAUAUAACGAAGGAGGGAGCAAAGUGGAGGUCAUUGAUUUAACUUCGGAGGAAGCAGUAGAGAUGCCACACGAAGAGAGACAAGCAGGGGCGCGAGAAUGGCGACGCCCGCGAAAGCCUCGCAAAAUUAUGAAUCGAGACCAGGAACCGGCGCUGAAAGAAGCUACACUCAGGAAACAGCAGAGACACAGGGAACCAAAGCUAGCAGAGCGAGAUUUAUUGGGGAAAACCGCACCCACCGUUACCUCUCUGUUUUUGCUAUACGGAGGACUCCUGGCAACGAUCUUGGCAACGGCAUCGUGUACAAGUGUUCGACGACGUAGAACACGAAGACGACGUACAAUGACAAUAGGCGAAGUUCGUAAGGGUGAUGCUGGAUUUCAAAAAUGGAAAAGUGUUUCGGUGAUGUAA